UUCUAGAAGAGAAAAUAUGACUGCGCAAUGAGAUUUGUUAACAAAACGAUAUACUUCACACAAAGUCUAGAGAAUAAAAUGAUGGUGUGAGAAGAUUUCAAAAACAAAAUAUCCAAGAAUGAGAUCUGUAAUAUAUCUCGCUGUGCUCGUGAUAUCAAGAGUGUAUGCCCAAGAAAAAGCUGAAAAUUUAACUAUUACAGCCCCAGGCUUCAAGUUGAUAACGGAACAUACUGAGCUGGAAUUAGAUUAUAUUUUGGUGAAAGAACAAGAAGACAUUACUUUAAGGUGUAGUGGUGUAGAAAGUGUGUUAUGGGAAUGGGAGUAUGCUGGGAGUAAACUGCUCCAAGAGGAAAUGGAAACCAGAAUCCAGAUGGUGGAACUAACGGUAGACCCCGGAGCUCUUGAACCCUACUCUUCAGAGCUGAGACUAAAGAAUGCAAAGUUCUCCGACACUGGAACAUUUACAUGCAGGACUAGGGAUGCUAGUGUGUAUAACAAAGUGUACAUCUACGUGGAAAACAAGAACAAUUUGUUCAGAAGAGAUAAACAUUUCUAUCAAGUGAACGUUGAUCCAGCCAACCCGACUUAUCUGGGCUGCAGGCCAUCUACACCCAGAGGACAGAUGAAGAUUCUCAGCCAAAAGGUUGAUAUUACAAAAUCGUUAGGAGAACAUAAUAUGAGAUAUUCACCACAAACUGGCCUUUGGAUUACUGAUGCCAGUGUGCAUGAUGCAGGAACAAUAGAAUGUAUCAUUCAAUUAGGAUCGGUCCAGUCCAGCCUGUUUUUGUUUCUUACCAUAAUGGAUACACCAACAACGAUACUGCCAAAACCAAGAUUGGUGAAGGAGUAUCCUCCUGGACCUUAUCUAGGAGGUAGUCUCAUUCUCUCCUGUACUUUAGAGGUGUCAUUAAAAAUGUACAUAAAUGGAGUAACUUUGGAUUGGACUACACCCUCCCCUUCACAGGAACAGGAUAUAUCUACUGGUAGAAUAGUUCUAGGAGAAUAUAAGAAUGCUGUUGUGAACCAAGAAUAUAGAACUGAUCAAAGUCGACUCGUAUCCAGGAAUAUAACCGUGUACAACCUAACUAUAUCGGAUGGAGGAGAUUAUUCCUGUACAGCUACCAGUAUUAAUGUACAGAAACCUAGUAAACAAUCCAUUCAUAUCAAGACCUUACCCCCAGGAGAAAUUUUCAUCAGUGACUUUAGUUUUAACGGGGGAGGAUCUCUUGUCAGAAUAAAGGAGAGAAAGGAUGAGGUUCGUUGGUUGUUUGAUGUUGAAGCAAUUCCUGUAAAUAGAACACAGUACACUUGGAUCCUGCCUUCAGGGGACCCUGUACCCCACAAACAUCUAGAAAAAUAUACGAAGGAGAUUAAUGGCAACAAUGUAAAACUAACUAUUAAGGAUGUUUCAAUCCAUGAUAUGGGGACCUAUCCCUUUACUGUAACUGUAACCUCAGAUGCUGGGAAGCAAGAAUCAAAACAAACUGAACUAGAACUAGUUGUACUUCAGGAGCCUGUACUUAACAUGUCUGUACAAGGCUACAAUAACUCAUUUUACAUACAAAAGGAGUUCUAUACAGUAUCUUGUGAAGCUCUAGGGUAUCCUAUAAACAGGGAUUCAAUCUACUUGGAUUUUUAUCCUUGCUCAGACCUGGACACUUGUCAUACAAACAAACUUCAGAGAGUUCACCCUGGAGCAUUAGAACCAAUAGACGGGGUUCUAAAUCCAGCAUAUCAUUAUAGAUAUAUCUCCCAUACACUUGUACAGGCUGAACAAAGCGGAAUCUUUGAGUGUAAGGUGUGCACUGAGAAGCAGUUUGUUUGUAACACAACACAACUUCCCUUCUUCCUGGCGGAUUCAAGCUCCGGGUUUGAGAUAUCUGAGUCUCGUAACCAGAGCUAUGUUGAAGAGGAUGAGCUAACCCUAACCUGCUCCGGCUCCAAGUAUAAAUACACGGAGCUGAACUGGUUCAAGGAGGAGAAGAAACUUCAGGCUCUUCCUUCUUCCUCAGAGUUCAGUUUGUUCAAGACAUUGAUUAUUGAUAGUUUACGUCAAGAAGAUAUUGCAGAUUAUACUUGUAGAGCUCAAACUAAAGCAGGGUUGAUUGAAGAAUUAGAUAUUUUUAUUGAUAUUUUACCGAUUCUUCCCCCGGAAAUAGUUAAGUCGAAUAUGAAUGGAACCCAAGUUGACCAGCCAGCUGAAGAAGCCUGGGAGUUCAUCUGUGAUAUAAGAGGUCGACCUCAGCCUGAGAUAGUUUGGUCCAAGGAUGGAGAUCUUAUCGAUUUAUCAAAUCCAGAUCAACCAAUUGGAAACAGUCUUAUUAAGCUGAUGGACGAAAAUAGAAUACUCAGGCUGCAGUACCUGCUGGGGAAGGAUUCUGGAAAGUAUAUGUGUACUGCAAAAAAUAGAGGAGGAACAAUAUCCCUAGCAUCAAUUCUACAUGUAGAAGAACCAACAGAUAACACUCUUCUCUACUUAGUUUUAGGAGGAAGUUUGGCUGGCCUGGUGGUUUUAGGCUGCAUAUCUAUAGCAGUUUGGCAGAUAUUUAUAUACAGAGGGAAACUCAGAGUGCUGACAGCAGCUGAGCUAGAUUUGUUCGAACGUGGAGAUCCAGAGAGUAUAAAUCCUGAGUUAGGAGUAGAUGAACAAGCAGAUCUACUCCCAUAUAAUAGGGGUGUUGAGUUUCCUAAAGACAGAUUGAAGCUUGGGAAACAGUUGGGUUCUGGAGCUUUUGGAAGAGUGCUCAAAGCUGAAGCUACGGGAAUUAACAGUUGGGAGCCGGUUAGUAUUGUAGCAGUGAAGAUGGUUAAACCUCAGGCUGAUAUUACGUAUAUAAAGGCCUUGAUGUCGGAGCUGAAGAUAAUGAUGCAUAUUGGAAAACAUCUAAAUAUAGUUAAUCUGUUGGGAGCAUGCACUGAUUCAUUAAACAAGAGAGAACUUCUUAUUAUUGUAGAGUACUGCAGGUUUGGUAACUUGCAGAAGUAUUUAAUCCAUCAUAGGAACAGUUUUAUAAAUCAGAUUGAUCCUAAUACAGGACUAAUGGAUUUCAAAAUAGGCAAACAUAACAGUGAAUCUGAAAUUGUGGAUUAUUCUGCCGAGCGAGAACGUUUUGAAACAUCUGCGCACUAUGUCAGAAGUGCGUCUGAAUUUGAUGGACCUGUUACACCCGAGGGAUACAUUGACAUGAGAUCACCAGAACCCAACCCAGAUGCACAGUUCGACUUCAACAGAACUUCAACCAAGUCUGUCAGAUAUACUAAAGAACCGUAUCUAAUGAGCAGAGAGCCGUCUGUAAGCACAGGUUCUGGUAUGAUGGAAGUAUUGUCUGAUAUAGUACUCCUAGGUUCUGGUAUGAUGGAAGUAUUGUCUGAUAUAGUACUCCUAGGUUCCGGUAUGAUGGAAGUAUUGUCUGAUAUAGUACUCCUAGGUUCUGGUAUGAUGGAAGUAUUGUCUGAUAUAGUACUCCUAGGUUCCGGUAUGAUAGAAGUAUUGUCUGAUAUCUUUUGUGUUCCUAGGUUCUGGUAUGAUGGAAGUAUUGUCUGAUAUAGUAU